CGCGGGUCUCCAGUAGGGAGAGAUGAGCUGGUCUGGACGUGCUGAAGAUGCUGGAUGGACGCGGAGCUCUGGGAUGGAUACCGGUCACGAUCAUUAUCUUCCUGUGCACUCUGCCCAAUCACACCGCCGCUUACUUCGGGUUGACGGGUAACGAGCCGCUGUCCAUCCUGCCGCUGAGCGCUCAGCCGGAGGAGCGCUCGGCUAAGGCUCAUUAUAAGCUGUGUGAUCGUCUGAAGCUGGAGAAGAAGCAGAGGAAGCUGUGCAGGAGAGACCCGGGCGUCGCCGAGACCCUGAUGGAGGCCAUCAGCAUGAGCGCCCUGGAGUGCCAGUACCAGUUCCGCUUCGAGAGGUGGAACUGCACCCUGGAGAACCGCUACCGAGCCCACAUCCUCAAGAGAGGAUUUAAAGAGACGGCGUUCCUCUAUGCCAUAUCCUCCGCCGGUCUGACCCACGCCAUGGCCAAAGCCUGCAGCGCCGGACGCAUGGAGCGCUGCACCUGCGACGAGGCGCCCGACCUGGAGAACCGCAAGGCCUGGCAGUGGGGCGGCUGCGGAGACAACCUCAAAUACAGCAACAAAUUCGUCAAAGACUUCCUGGGAAAAAGGUCCAACAAGGACCUGAGAGCUCGAGUAGACAUGCACAACAGCAACGUGGGCAUGAAGGUGAUUAAGGCAGGUGUGGAGACGACCUGUAAGUGUCACGGUGUUUCGGGCUCGUGUACGGUUCAGACCUGCUGGAGGCAGCUGGCCCCCUUCCACGAAAUCGGCAAAUUGCUGAAGCAGCGCUACGAGACGUCGCUGAAGGUGGGAAGCUCCAGUAACGAGGCCACUGGGGAGGGGGAGGUGCCCAACCCUCGCACCCCCGGACACACCCACCAGCUGAUACCUGAGCCCCGCCCCUCCGACCCCAUCCCCCGCACCACCGACCUGCUGCACAUCGAGGACUCGCCCAACUUCUGCCGGCCCAGCAAGUACUCCGCCGGGACCUCGGCCCGGAAGUGCUACAAGGACAAGAACUGCGAGGCCAUCUGCUGCGGGCGUGGCCACAACACGCAGAGUCGCACGGUGACGCGGCCCUGCCAGUGCCAGGUGCGCUGGUGCUGCUACGUGGAGUGCAAGCAGUGCACCCAGAAGGAGGAAGUGUACACGUGCAAGGGGUGACGGACUAACGCCGACGAAACAAAAACUCAACAGGUCGACAGAAACCCCGCGGCAAAACGUAACCGACGACAGCAACGUCUAAACGUCUGAGACUGGUGUACAUUUGCAGGACGGGGUAAAACGAAGGGUAAACGAAAGAAAGAAAAAUAAUGAACAAGCAUUCGCCCCUUUAUUAUCAUCUACGGUAAUCUUGAUUAACCAAUGGUGACCUCCCUUAGGGUCUGAAAAUUGGGUAAAGAAAGGAUUUAUUUUUCAUUGUUUCCAGACCCUGUGAACAAAGGUAUCCAACGACAACCAUACUGAAGGGUCUCCAAGACUGAAAGUGGGCUAUAAUGACAUGCAAAGACCUGCAAAGUGUGGAAACAGGUGUUAGAAAGGGUAAAAACAACAACAGUAAGGGUCUGUAAGUGGAUAUGGAAGUUGUACCUCCUGGAUAGUAGAGGAAGCAGGUACACUGUGCUUCAAAGAUCCCUGGAGAUCCAGUCCGAUGGGAAAAGAUCAGUGCGUUCUUAAAAAGAGAGCUGAUAAAAGGUUCUUGGAGCAGUGCCGUAAAAGAACCACUUGUUAAAGUUUAAGGAAAUUAAAAGGUCUGUCCAAGAAUCAUACGCCCAUGCCAAGAACUUUUUAACAGCUCUGUUUUUAAGAGUGUGGAAGUCUGACUAAACAUAAACUCCCAUCAGUUUAGAGUUGAACCUCCAUUAUUCUAGAGGUGAAGCUCUAUUAGCUCCAUCAGUCUAAAGGUGACUUUCUAUUGGCCUAGAGGUGAAGCUCAAUCAUUGUAGAGGUGAAGCUCCAUUACUCUAGAGUUGAAGCUUUCUUUAUCUAGAAGGUGAAGACUGCUCAGUCUAAAGAUGACAUUCUAUUGGUCUAAAGGUGACGCUCCAUUAUUCUAGAGGUGAAACUCCAUUACUUUAGAGAUGAAGCUCCAAUACUCCAAAGUUGAAGCUCCAUUAUUCUAGAGGUGAAGCUUCAUUACUCUAGAGACAAAUCUCUGUUAUUCUAGAGGUGAAGCUCCAUUACUCUAGAGUUAAAACUCCAUUAUUCUCUAGUUGAAACUCCAUUACUCUAGAAGUGAAGCUCCAUUAUUCUAGAGGUGAAGCUCCAUUAUUCUAGAGGUGAAGCUUCAUAAUUCUAGAGGUGAAUCUUCAUUACUCUAGAGGUAAAACUCUAUCUUUCUAGAGGUGAAGCUCCAUAAGCUUAGAGGUUAGGUUUUAUUACCCUGAAGAUAAAUCACUAAUUUCCGUAAAUAACUUGCUCUCCAGCAAAAGUCCAUCCAGGAUGUUGAACAUUUCGUUUGUGUGUGUUUGUGUGUAUGUUUGUGUGUGUGUGUGUGUGUGUGUGUGACGGCGCUACUUCUGACGACAGAGUUUGGAAUUAGCAUUAUAUAAAUAAACCGACAGGGGUGUCAGAUUUGUUCUAUAAGCACAUAUAUUCUACACCCACACAAUAGUGUGUGUAUGCAUCAUGUACAUAGGUUAAAUUGUGUUAUAGUUAUUAUAUAAAUAUAAAUAUAUAUAUAUCUUCACACCACUUAUCGUAACGUGUAAAAAAUAACCACUAAUCGCACAAAUGCGCUGUUAUUUGUGUGCGUUCUCGUUGACUUUGUAAAGACUUUCUCUUUGAAUCCCCUCGACUCGGCCCUCGCUGAACCACAGACCUGUUAACGCUUUGAUUUUUUUCGUUUUUUCUACGUGGAGUUAUUUAUGCAGCUUUGAGGACUGGUCCUACAUGAGGAAAGAACUACGUUAAAUUCCCGUAUCCGCGUGUUUUCCUUCGUCUCGCUGUCGAUUGGCGACGAUAGCCUUUGCCAGUCCAUUCCUCCUGAUAUAUUUUUCCUUUCUUGGCCUCGUAUGAACUCUGAGAGAUGACUGUUCAGGGAACCAGUUGAACCACUAUGGCCUUUUCUGUACAGGAACGUCUGAGGAGAAUCCUCUGGAACUUAAAUAUUAAAUAUCUGCAGACUCGUUGCUUCAGCAGCAAUCCGAACGUUGCGACGGCCAGCGAUGGACGGGCGAUUAAUCAAUUUAUAUCGAUCUAUAUCGAUGAUAUCCUCACUAUACCCGCACUAUACCCUUCUUUACCUGUGUGAUCUAUAGGUUUUUAGCAGUGGUUUUCAAUGACUGUAGAAAAGCUUUGACACCACAACGUCUCAACGUGGCUUCAGACGUGGACGUGAACAGUUCACUACAGCUCUAGCGCCUCUACUGGCUGGUUGCAGUAUAACGUGUAGCUCCAUAUAUCCCCAUAUAUUCACUGUCCAAUGAAAAACUGCAACUUUACAGGAGAGAGAAAAAACUUGUAAACGUCUAAUGGAAGUCAUUGUAAAAAGAGUUUAUUUCAGGUCAUAUUGAAGUAUUUCUAUUGGUCCGUUCAUCAAUAAAUUUUGGCACAGUGUAAGGGACAGUUUGCCUGUUUAAAUUAUGUAGUAAACUAAAAAUCGACAAAAAUGGAGAUAAGUGUUUUUUAUUGGACAGCGACGAUGUUCAAUAACAAAACAGCUUCACCCAUUUUCCAUGUAAUUUCUCAGCUCUAAACUCAGCAAUUCCAAUUCUAAACCAACAAAUCCAACAAUUAGGUUUUCCCUAAUAGUUUUUAAAUCUUUUUCCUGCUUUAUCGUAAAAAAAGAGGCAAAACUAAGCUAAAAGUGUUAUUGUCAAGCUGUCAGAUAGCUAACAAGCUAGAAAAAGGAACCCUGGGCGGGUUCUUCCAUGUUUUUCUACAGUCGUUGUUGCCUUGCUGUUGAUUGGACGGUGAUACAGUAUUAUGGUGUCAUCGUACUACAUUUUACGAAGUUUACAAUUGUCUGUUUCAUAGCUUCACAUAUUGGACCAAAUUUCAUUCAAUCACAGAAUAUUAAACUCGUAUAUGCGUACGUUUUAAUUUGGCAUUAGUUUCGGAAAUUAAAUAUAUUCAUUAAAUAUUGUUUAUCGUGAUUUUAUCGCCAUAUUGCCCAGCCGCCGCCCUGCAACCUUCACUCACUCAACCUCCUUUAAGGCCACAACGACUUCCGCUAAUAGAAAAACACAAUAACGUUAUUUUUUAUUUCUUUGUUUGGAAGAAACAACAAUGGCUGCAGUGUAAAUCAGCAUGCAUCCAAAAACAUGGAAUUCAAUCAAGAAUUUCCACAGUUCAAGUUGAGUUAACUCAACUAGCUAAUGCUAACAGUGAGGUUUUAGUUUUCUUCAUUCUUCAUUGAGCAUUGAGCUCGACUCACCGACACGAUCUGAUCACCAGAUCCAACUAAUCCAACCCGAACCUCGUAAACGCCGCGGCUGCACGCGUCCGACGUCCUUUGACCUCCUUUUAGACGCAAUGUAAAUACAAAUGCUAAAUAUAUAUAUAUAUAAAUACCUAUGACAAAUGAGCGAGCUAUAUAUAAAUACAAAUAUAAAUAUAUAUAUAUCACAUUUUUAUUGUUUUGAAUUCGUUUGAUUUAAACUACUGAAUGAGGGACCCAAAAUUUGCGAAACGGCACCGUUCACGCACUGAAGCUCCGACGCGAUCCCAAUACGUAUUUAAGGAAAAGUCGUGUAUUUAUGAUUAUAUAUAUCUUAUAAAUGUACAAAUCUACAGCGGUGGUUAAUCCAGGUCUGAAAAGUAAAAAAAAAUCUCAUCCAGGAUUUUGUUGCUGCUGAUUGGCUACAGUGCCGGGCGGGUUCAGGGGAACUGUGGAAGUCACUGUUGGUUCCUAAGGCAGUUGUAAGGAAAUCCUGGAGCGGAUCUGGAUUGGACUCCUGUGGCGUUUUUUUUUUUAUUGUAAAUAGUUACGGUUAUGAUCCUGUGGUGUGAGUCCGGAAAGUCUUUUUCCUUUUUUUUAUUUCCAUUAGCGACGUUAGUGCAUUGCGCUACAGCACACAGCAGAACGACAACUGAGGCUAACAGAGGAGCUGCGCAGAUUAGCAUUGGCAUGUAAGCAUAGGUGCAUUAGCAUAGGAGAAAUGGAGAAAGUUACUAGUGUUUCACGAGAAAAAAACUAAAACAAAAAUGUAACACUAAACAAAGAAAGAGAUUCAUAGUGAUGGAUGUCUUUUAUCUGGUGUGUGUGUUUGUUUGUAUUUAUCUCUUUGUGGGGACCAAGACCCCUCUAUGUCCCACCAUCAAAUUAUAAAAAUGUAAAAACUUGAAAAAGCAUAAAAAUGUGAAAAAGUGAAUACACGUCUAGAUGCUUUUUAAUUGGAACAAUGCAAAUUGCAAAAUUAAAACCAUAAAAACAGAAUCCUAAAGCUUACUGUUAGGUUCAGUAGUCUUUAGCCUUUUUAGCGUUUAGCGCUAAGCUCAAACCUUAAAGCCACAAAGACAGGAAUGUGUGUGUGUGUACAUAUAUAAAUAUAAAUAUAUAUGUGUGUGUGUGUGUGUGUCUCAGUGCUUGUAUAUGUGUUUCGCUGGCUGUUUGUCAACUCUAAGCUGAAUUCCAGGCAGUUUUGUGACGAGGACACAUGCUAAUUAAAGCAGGCUUGGUAGCAUAUGCUUAGCCCCUUGCACGCUACAUGCUAACCAUAAUGGCAAAGUGGGGAAAUUCCUGUGAACCACAGCAACAGGGCAAAGCCGAGGAAACCGCGCCAGCGUCCGGCCGCCGGCUUCCUGCACCUCCUGCAGCGAAUGCCUGAGGAGAAAACACACAGCAGGCGUUAGCCGCCGAGUUAGCGUAGCCGCUAGCCAGUCCCCUCAACACACCAACACACACACACACACACAUCACAGGCCAUGUGCUCCACAAAAACAAAAAUCUAAUCAAUAUCACAGUCCCUCCAGUUCUCUCCAUUACUCAACGCAAUGUGUACAAAAAUAUAAAUCUUAUUUUGUAGGAAAAAAUAAAGGAAAAUAAAGAAUAAAUAUAAAUUAUUUUAAAUGUUUUAUGAGCAUGUGUACAUUUUGUACAGAUCAAGCGGAUUUUAUAUUCUGGAUUUCUUUGUUUUGUAUUCUCCGCCUCGCCUUGGGCCUGUUUUUGGGUGUUUGUGCUUCUUUCUUUGGGGUUGAGGUUUCCACAGGAAGCAGUGUGUGACUUUAUAAAUUCUGUUUUUUUUUUUUUUUGUUUGUUUUU